AUGGCCAUCAACAUCACUCGAUGGAGCAUUUGUUUGCUGGUGCUCCUCAGCAUCCUCCCUUCGGUCUUUGGACUUUACUUUUAUCUCGAGGGCUCGGAACAAAAGUGCUUUACCGAGGAACUGCCCAAGGAGACCAUGGUCUCAGCCCAUUACACUGCCGAAGAGUGGAACGAGGAAGCGCAAAAGUUCAUCAUGAACUCUGAGAUCGUUCUCGAAGUCUUGGUCGAUGAACUGCCAUCGGGUAACAGGGUCUACAGCCAGAAGCUGCGGCCCAAGGGCGCGUUCAAGUUCACAUCUGCUGAAUCGAGUGAGCAUGCGAUUUGUCUGUUUGCCUCGACGUCAGGCUGGUUCAGCUCUACAAAACUUAGAAUUACGUUCGACAUGGCAAUCACUGAUAUUGUCGAGGAAUUCGGAGACGGCCCUGAGGGCGCCGUGAGCGAAUUGGUCCAACGUGUCCGUGAAUUGAGCCAUAAGGUCGGCGACAUCAGACGUGAGCAGAUGUACCUUCGUGAAAACGAGCAAGAGUUCCGCAACAAGAGCGAGACGACCAACUCUCAUACAGUAACCUGGACCAUUUUUCAGUUGGUUAUCUUGGCCAUUACCUGCGCCUGGCAGAUGCGCCAUCUUCGCAGCUUCUUUGAGGCUAGAAAGAUGAUUUAA